GGCCUGCGCUGCUCCUCUGCUCUUUGGGGUGCAGCACCUAGGGCGGCUUGCUCUGCCAUCGCGAGUCCCCGGAGCCGGCCUGUGUGCGUUCUCGCUUCUAGUCUCUCGUCGCUGCCAGCGCUCCGACCGUUGCUGGGCGUCCCGGUGCGCAGGCGGCGCUCUCCCGUUUACCAGCGAGGCCGAGCCCGUGGUAGCAUCCGGCAGGGAAAUGGUUGUGGUUUCGGUGCCCGCCGAAGUCACAGUUAUCCUGUUAGAUAUCGAAGGUACCACAACCCCGAUUGCUUUCGUGAAGGACACCUUAUUUCCGUACAUCAAAGAGAAUGUCAAGGAGUACCUGCAGACACACUGGGACGAGGAGGAGUGUCAGCAGGAUGUCAGCCUGCUGAGGAAACAGGCUGAGGAAGAUGCGCACCUGGAUGGCGCUGUCCCGAUCCCCGUGGCGUCUGGAAAUGCAGUGGAUGAUCUCCAGCGGAUGAUCCAGGCCGUGGUGGACAAUGUGUACUGGCAGAUGUCUCAUGACCGGAAGACCACGGCGCUCAAACAGCUGCAGGGUCACAUGUGGAAGGCAGCUUUCGCAGCGGGCCGCAUGAAGGCAGAGUUCUUUGCAGAUGUGGUCCCAGCAGUCAGAAGGUGGAGAGAGGCUGGAAUGAAGGUGUACAUCUAUUCUUCAGGGAGUGUGGAGGCUCAGAAGCUGCUCUUUGGGCAUUCCACAGAAGGGGAUAUCCUUGAGCUUAUUGACGGCCACUUCGAUACCAAGAUUGGACACAAAGUGGAGAGCGAGAGUUACCGGAAGAUUGCAGAUAGCAUCGGGUGUUUAACCAGCAACAUCUUGUUUCUCACAGACGUGACUUUAGAGGCCAGUGCUGCUGAGGAAGCAGAUGUGCAUGUCGCUGUGGUGGUGAGACCCGGCAACGCGGGACUAACAGAUGAUGAGAAAACAUACUACAACCUCAUCACAUCCUUCAGCGAGCUCUACCUGCCGUCAACAUAGAGCAGGUUCUGAGGAAGACUAAACUGUCCCCCUAAUGUCUAGCUUUAUUCUAAUUGUAAAAGUAACUUACUUGUGUGUACACACAGACAUAUGCAAGUGUAUAUACAUGUCUGUGUGCUCAGAUCAAUUUCCAUGGCACAUGUGUGAGCAAAGUAUCAGUUCUGUGAGAACCAAAUUCAUGUAAAGAUGCUUUAUGUGUGGACCAUAACUCUAACUCUUACCAAGGCCAGAGUGUAUUUGAUAGAAGAAAAUCAAAUGUGUGAUAUUUAUCAAAUUGUUUAUUAAAAUGGAAAGCUAGUUUUGAGAAAUUAUUAUCCAGAGACCUUGUUAUUUUAAAAACUGUAAGUGCUUCACAGGCAUUCGUAAGAGGAAUCCCUGACUGCCUUGUGAACUCGAAUCACACUGCUGCACUCAGACUCGCUUCCCGCGUGCACGAGACAGAGCCAUUGGUUCUGCUCAGACUCGCUUCCCGCGUGCACGAGACAGAGCCAUUGGUUCUCAGACUCGCUUCCCGCGUGCACGAGACAGAGCCAUUGGUUCUCAGACUCGCUUCCCGCGUGCACGAGACAGCCAUU